AUGGGGGUGACAUCCCUUUCUCUCCUGUACUGUGUUGUUUUUUCUACAAUUUUAUUUUUGUGUGUCCAUGGAUGUCCUCCUAAUGAACGGAGAGCUCUUCUUAGCCUUAAGGCCGCCUUCACUGACACUGAUCAAAUGGCCUUCCCUGACACUUAUGGAAUUCUGAAGUCAUGGGUGGGAGCUGACUGUUGUCUAUGGAAGGGUGUCCACUGCGAUGAAAUGGAAUUGGGUGGACAUGUUACUCAGUUGGAUAUUAGCAACUUUUAUCUCAGUGCUGUAGACAUUGAUUCAGCUUUGUCACAAUUGAAGCAUCUCAAAUAUUUGGAUUUGAGUGGUAAUGAUUUUGGGUUAACUUCUUUGCCUCCAGGUUUGGUCUCUUUAAAGAAUUUAUCAUAUCUAAACAUAGCCAGAACCGAUUUUGCAGGUAAUAUUCCAACUCAACUCGGAAAUUUGUCUUCCUUGCGUCAUUUGGAUGUGAGUGAUAAUUCUCUUUUGUCGGAUAACACUAGUUUGGAGUGGUUGUCUAGUCUAUCCUUGCUAGAGUAUCUUUCAUUGAGUGGGCUAUAUUUAGAGGACGUCCAGACAACAUUGUGGGAUAUUAUUGGUCGUCUCUUCCACCUUACACAUCUGGACCUCUCUGGAUGCCUUUUUAAUUCCACUCUUCCAAUUUCUUUACAAAAUGUUUCCUCACUUGCUGUUCUAGUGUUUAAUAAUAAUGAGAUGCCAGGAUCGAUACCCAGUUUGAUGGGGAACAUGAGCAAAUUAACUUUCCUUGAUCUGAGUUCCAAUUGGUUAGAUGGUUCCAUACCCACUAGUUUCUCAAACCUUCAUUCCCUCGAACACCUUGACCUCUCUAAAAAUGAAAUUAUGGGUAUCCCCCUGGCUAUCACAAAUCUCACCGGUCUUCGAUAUUUGGAUCUGUCGGCUAAUAUGUUGAAUGGUAUACCUUCGAAUUUAGGGGACAUGCAUACUAAUGUGGGAAGUCUUUCUUACUUAGACCUUCACCAGAAUCAGUUAGAAGGUACCAUCCCAUCUAGCUUGGGUUCACUCUUCAAUCUUACUUACGUAGAUCUUAGCGGCAACAGGCUUAGUGGUCCAAUUCCUCCCACUCUAGGUAAUCUCCUGUCUCUUGUCGUCUUAGAUUUACAAGACAAUCAGUUGGAAGGCAGUAUCCCAUUCAGUUUAGGCAAUAUCAGCACACUGAAACACUUAAACCUUUCCGACAACCAGAGUGGAGACCUUCCCUUGUCAUUUGGUCAAUUGUCUUCACUCGUCACACUUGAUCUGAGAAACAACCAUUUGAAUGAAAGUUUUCCCUCUUUGCUUACGCUACCAUCUUCUCUGCACACUUUUUUGCUCUCCAACAACAGCAUGACAGGAACAGUUUCAGAUCAAGUUCUCUUGCGCAAUAGUUCAAGGUUGGCAGAAUUGGAUUUGUCUUACAGUGGGUUGAAUACUUGA